AUGUUCACCUUGUACAAAGUAAUUCCAAGUCACAGACUGGAGAAGCCCCGGGACCCUUCACCUGAGCCCCAGCAGGGGGGGCCCUGUCCCUGGGCUGCUGGGGGGCAGCGUGGACGGCCCAGGCACACGCUGGCAGGAAAUCACCGCAGAGCGGCGCCGGCAGCCCAAGAGCUGCGGCAGGACCGCGGCUCAAACCCUCUGGGCCCCUCGGAGCCUGGGACACCCGGCCCGGCCCUGCGGCGGCUGCAACGGAGGUCUGCUGGGCAAAAAGGGGAAGGUGCCGUCUGGCGGGUGGACACGCCUCCAGGGAACACAGCCGCCUUGCCCAGGCCGCUGAGGGGUCCACCGCCCAGGCUGGGGCUGCAUCCUUCGCAGCCCACUCUCUCCCUCCGCACCGCCUCCCCAGUCCCCUGCCCCUCAGCCACCACCAGACUCAUGAGCCGUGACUGGCCUGCAAGCUACCUGGCAGCUCGGUGCGCCACUGGCCUCAAACCCAGGCCUGCGGGACCCAGCAGCCAGGCCGCCCUGCGGCGUCUCCCCUCCAAGGAGGCCAGGCGGCAGGGGCCUUUCCUCCCCGGAGGGUGUGGCCAGACCCGGGCCAGUCAGGCUGCGGAGCAGGUCAGUCAUCCUGGGGAGGGGCAGCGUCGCCCUUGGCGCGAGGUGGGAAUGGACGGCACUUCCCUGAGCCCCUCCCAGCGCCCUCGCCCCCGGGGAUCACCCGCGGCGCUCCCGCGCCCCGCUGCAGAGCUGAGCCUGAGGCCGCGGGGGUGA